ACCAUGACUACUUCUGGGCAUGGAACAAAGAGGAUGCUCUCCCGGGGCCCCGCGCUGCUCCUGGCGCCGCUGCUGCUCCUGUGCCGAGUGGUGGAGAGCCGAGGAGGGAUCAUGGACAGCAUACAGAGAUUUUCAAACCUGCCAACGUAUCUCCCUGCGAGCUAUCAUAUCUGCAAUGCUGAUGUGUUCUUCUUCCUCAAAGAAGCCAACCAGGAUAUCAUGAGGAACUCCAGUUUGCAGUCUAGGGUGGAUUCAUUAUUUAUAUACAAAGCCAAACUGCCACCUGUCCUAAAUGCCACGUAUGGACCCUUUUCUGUUGAACAGGCUGUUCCCUUGGACCUCAUGCUGACUUCUGCAUCUUUUGGUUUCACAAAUAAAUUCACUUUUAAUUGGAAAUUAAAAUCUCACAUAAUUGACAGCUCAAUCUAUUCCAACAAACCUAAAAUACAAACUUUGUUCUACAUUGCGGGGAAGGACUGGGAUGACUAUAAUUCUGCUGAGAGAUUGCCUUGUGUGAAGAUGUUUGCUUUCCUGGAGUCUAGAGAAGUUAUGGCCAGCUGUAGAUUGACAGGUCAUCUAGGAUUGUGUGUUGCGGAGCUGGAAUUAUCUCCUAGCUGGUUCAGCUCCCCUCCACCCCUGGUUUCAGAGGAAACAGCCUCCCUGGAAGGGAUUACUGUGGAGCUCUUCUAUAAGAUUUAUGCAGCAGAUGGGGAAUGUUCUCCAGAGGAUGCAAAAUGGGAAAACAAUAUCCAUGCAGGUCAAGAUAAUGAACCCAAGGCUUUGUCAGCUAUGGAGAGGAUUGGUAGCAUCAUUGUUUACCCAAAUCAAGACCAAUUAAGACAGUCUUCACUGAGGCUAGAUGAAAAUGUCGUUAUUCGCUUACCACUCAACCCAGUCAGAGAAGGUGACGUUGUGACCUUUCAUAUUUCCUUGGCUGAUGACUCUCUAGCAGACCAGUUUGUAUUAAGGAUUAGGACAGCCCCAGGUGUGAAGAUCCUGGACAUCAGAGUCAGUGAUGCAGACCAGUGGGGUGUUCAGGAAGAGACGGACAGCGCGAGGAGCACUGCCACCAUCACGUGCGUGCACAACGACCCCAACGCAGAGAACAGAGCAAACAUGACCUCCUACGAGAUCCUGCAGAUGGACUUUGAGAUUGAUAACACUAGCAGCCUGGCAGGAGCCCAGCAAAUUACCUGGCAGGUGGAAUACCCUCGAGAUGACUCCCUGAGUGAGCUGGUGGUCUCCGAGAUCUUCGUCAGCCGAACCAUGUUUGUGGGAAUUGUUCCUCUUGCGAUGGACACAGAGGUCCUUAACACGGCCAUUCUGACGGGCAAAACGGUGUCUGUUCCAGUCAAGGUGGUUGCUGUGCAGGAGGAUGGGUCUGUGGUUGAUGUUUCGGAGUCCACCGAGUGCAAAUCAGCUGAUGAAGAUGUCGUAAAGGUUUCUGACAGGUGUGACUCCAUCUUUGUUAAUGGCAAGGAAAUGAAAAGCAAAGUGGAUACUAUUGUUAACUUCACUUACCAGCAUUUUACCACGCAGCUAGAAGUGACGGUCUGGGUGCCACGGCUCCCGCUGCAGAUCGAGAUCUCUGACACAGAGCUGAGCCAGAUCAAAGGCUGGAGGAUACCUGUCACUGCCAACAAGAGGCCUACCCGUGACAGUGAGGAUGAAGAAGAUGAUGAGAAAAAAGGAAGAGGUUGUACCCUCCAGUAUCAGCACGCCAUGGUGCGAGUUCUCACACAGUUUGUAGCUGAAUCAUCUGAGUUUGGAGGCCACUUGACCUAUAUGCUAGGCUCUGAGUGGCAGUUUGACAUCACUGACCUUGUGACUGAUUUCAUGAAGGUAGAAGAACCCAGGAUUGCUCAGCUUCAAGAUGGCCGAGUUCUGGUUGGUCGUGAGCAUGGCAUCACCACAGUCCAGGUUCUGUCACCUCUUUCGGAUUCCAUCUUGGCAGAGAAGACAGUGAUAGUUCUAGAUGACCGUGUAACCAUUACAGAUCUAGGAGUACAAUUAGUUUCAGGCUUGUCUCUCUCCUUACAAAUCAGCAAAGGAAAUAAGAGAGCUCUUGUUUCUACCACCUCUGCAUAUGAUAUCCUUCAUACUCCAAAACAGGAAGCCAUAGUCAGUGCUUGGAUUUUGUUCAGUGAUGGGUCAGUGACACCAUUAGAUAUCUAUGACUCCAAGGACUUCUCCAUCACCAUCACUUCACUGGAUGAGAUGGUAGUGUCUGCACACCAAAACCUUCAGUCCAAAUGGCCUGGGGUCGUGGCGGAAGGGGAUGGGCAAGGACCUUUGAUUAAAAUUGAAAUGGUCAUCAGUGAGACGUGUCAGAAGACUAAGAGGAAGAGCAUUCUGGCUGUUGGGAAAGGAAGUGUAAAAGUGAAGUUUGGUCAAAAAGAUUCUGACCAAAAAGGAAGCUCUAAUGACAUAGAUGAUGUGGAUAGAGAUUUUAAAAGCCAUGUGAGCAAUUCUAUAGAGAAACCUGCAGAACAAGAGAGGACAGCACAAGAAUGGUCCAAGAACCACGAGGACGUGUCCAGUUAUGAGGACAAUGCAAACAAAAGCACAACUUUCAUGUCUCCCCUUGAUCAGGAGUCCCUGGAGGAUGGCCAGCUCCAGAAUAGCCCAACUGCCUUCACAGGUUUCCCUGCACAAGUAGAAAUACCAGGAGAAAACAAUCCCAGCGAUCUCACAUUGACUUCAAGAGGAUUAACAGAUCUGGAGAUUGGCAUGUAUGCCCUGCUCUGUGUGUUCUGCCUAGCAAUCUUGGUCUUUUUGAUUAACUGCGUGGCGUUUGCUUGGAAGUACAGGCAUAAAAGGUUUGCUGUGAGUGAGCAAGGCAACAUCCCCCAUUCCCAUGAUUGGGUCUGGCUUGGAAAUGAGGUUGAACUGCUGGAAAACCCAGUUGACAUUUCGCUCCCAUCAGAGGAGUGCACCACCAUGAUCGACAGAGGAAUGCAGUUUGAAGAAAGCAACUUUCUCCUUAAUGGGAGUUCUCAGAAGACUCUUCAUAAUCAUAUCCUCAGAUCUUCUGAGUACCUUUGUGAAAAAGAAGUUAAAAGUGAACCUAUAAAUCCUUCUGGGCCAAAGCAGAAGCGAGUAAAGUUCACUUCAUAUACAACAAUACUGCCGGAGGAUGGAGGCCCCUACACCAACUCAAUUCUAUUUGACAGUGAUGACAAUAUUAAAUGGGUAUGCCAAGAUAUGAAUCUUGGUGAUUCCAAGGAACUUAGGGACUAUAUGGAAAGACUGCAAGACAAUAUGUAAAACUACUUUCUUAUGUUUGUAAUCACCUUUAUGCCUUCUGUUUAUGGAUGGUGGAGCAGUCAGUCCAGUCAGCAAUAGGAACAAGACAGUCCAACCUUGGAGUUACUGAGAUGAUAACCUGGUAUCACUGAGCAGGUACAAGAGGCUGGCUGAGUUAAACCUGUUUCACCACAAACCAGGAUGUGCCCCUAAAACAGCUACCUGUAGGUGUUGGAGGUGUCACACACCAUGGCUGUUUUUGUAUACUGCCUGGUACUAGCAAAAUGCUAAUACAACUACGCUCAGACUCAGAGGAGACUUCAUUUGUCUGUCAUCUCUCAUGAUAAAUGGUGAAUCAGAAAAGAAAGGGAUAUUUGUUUGCAUUGAUUUUUCUAGUCGUCGUCCUUUGUAAAGCACAGUGAACAUUUCUUGCUUAUGGCCUGAAAGGAGGCUUACUGUAAAAGGGAUCUGAAUUAAUCUAAUUUUAUUGCCUAUGUGCAAUGCAGCCAAGUAGUCUUAUUAUUUUUUACAGAUACAAAACCCCCCAUGUGGUUAAUUUCCUUUCCGAUUGUUAUGAAUUUUAUUUGACUUAGGGAACAUUAACUAUUUUCUUUGAAGGUUUUUUUUUCGUUGUACCAAAGUGCAGUACAGUAAUAUUUAUAAUGGUUUAAGUUUUCUGUUCAUCUGCAUCAGCCCCUAGAGAUACCUCCUUCAUCACUGAUCAUCUUCUUUCCCUUGGGUAUAUGGGUCGUUAGUAUUUGCAACAUAGAAAGGUGUUAGAACUCUUACUGGGAAAGGGUUGUAUCUUCUUACAGGGAAUUGUAAAUACAAUAAUAAACCCUGGAAAAUAAAAACCAAGGAGUAGCCCUGGGUUUACUUUUGUCAUUGCUAACAUGAAAAAGUAACCUGCAACAAAACAGCACAUGCUUCAAAGGAAAGUGCUUUGUUGAAACAGCAGCUUGGGUGACUAUACAUCCUUAUCAGAAUGAGAAAGGCAAAUGAAGUAUUGAAAUGCAUAGAACGGGAAGGAGAUUUCCUGGCAAAUAAGCAAAGGCUUGGAGUCACUGGUACUCUGUACUAAUCAGCACACUGAUGGAAGAGUUUAGCAGGACAAAGAAAUCCAUACUCAACGGUUAAUAACCCAGACCUUGUCUAAAACAUCUCUGACCUAAGGCUGGUAGAGAGAAAAACUUUUUGCCAUGUUUCACUUAAAAAGGAAGAAUGAAAGAAAAGACACACUAGGCACAUUAUAAAAUGACUGCUCCCAAUUUUAACAAGGCAAACAUGCUGGAGAUUCAGAUCUGUCAUUUCACAUGCAUUACAUGUACAUUUUUACUGAAGGAUGACUGCAAUAAGUUGAAAAUUACAGUUAGAAAAAUACUGACUCUACAUAAUACUUAACAAAACCAACAAAGCACAUCUUCUUGUGAUGGAUCCCGUGCAAUAAACACAAUAUCCAAAUUACAACUUCCUUGCAAACUGUCAUUCCCAUAUUUUAGGUAGAUCAAGAUGGGAUUUAAAUUUUAUGAUUCAGUUAUGACAUUAGAACAGACCAGACAACCUUAAUUGUGGAAAAUUCUGCAUUUGGAUCAUAAUCCACAACUGGUCACAGGUUUAGUAUAACUGCUCAAAACAGAAGAAUUUCAGUGGUGAGACUAGAAAGUGAGGGCACCAGGCUUAUAAAAGUGACUAGAGACUUAUGUUUGCUGGCACUGAACUGCAUAGGGAGGGGAUGGCAGCUCUUAUAACCUAAUUUUAGGUAGAGAAAGUAAUAGGCCACAGAGAUGCUUCUGUUUCAUAAGGGAUGCAGCACUUGUGCAUCAAAUGAAAUCUUGGGUUAUUUAAUAAACAUUCUCUCCUCUUUAAACGAUCCAGACCUCAUAAAAGCAUAAUAAUUUCUACUCUAAUCCUUAUCACUAACAUAAAAAUCCCUUUUUAUAAUUUGACAUCUCUUCCCAACACAUUAUUUUGUAUUUGGCCCAACCAUAAAUGAAGUGUAUUGUUUACACAAGAGUAAAUAUGAGUAUAAACCAACCACAACUAAAUCUAGUAUUGAAAUCAGAUGAAACAACUUCCUGAAGGUAGCUGCAGAGGGCAACCACACAACUGGUGUAAUGAAUGCAUAUAAUAGAAACACAGAAUGGUUUGGGGUGGAAGGGACCUUAAGGACCAUCUAGAUCCACCCUCCCCCCCCCCAGCAUGGGCAGUGACACCUUCCACCAGACCAGGUUGCUCCAAGCCCCAUCCAACCUGCCCUUCAACACUUCAAAGGAUGGGGCAGCCACAGCUUCCCAGGGCAACCUGUGCCAGGGUCUCACCACACUCACAGUGAAGACUUUCCUCCUAAUGUCUAACCUCAACCUCUCCUCUUCCAGUUUAAAGCUAUUACCUGUCACUACAAGCCCUUGUAAAAAGUCCCUCCCUAGCUUUCCUGUAGCCCCUCUUCAGGUACUGGAAAGCCACUGUAAGUUCUCCCUGGAGCCUUCUCCAGACUGAACAACCCCAACUCUCUCAGCCUGUCUCUAUAGCAGAGGUGAUCCAGCCCUUUGAUCAUCUUUGUGGCCUUCCCCUGGACUCACCCCAAGAACUUUAUGUUCUUGUGUUGUGGGUUCCAGAACAAGACACAGUGCUCCAGGUGGGGUCUCGUGAGAGUGGAGUGGAGGGGAAGAAUCACCUCCCUUGACUUGAUGGCCACCAGUUCACCAGCGAAACUAUGAUCUCACAGCACUGGACUCCCAGACCCAUGUUUUCACUGUGGCCCCUGUUCUGCUGAGUACACCAGCAGACGCUUAACUCCAAGCCCAGUUGGUGCCACAGAAGCACACUGAGAGCCAGCAGACUCAGAGCUGAGCUUAGCUGCUCUUCGCAUUCAGCAUGGUUGGGAAGUCAUUCAGUGAAGUUCUACAGUAAAGUAUUUAGCUGGCUCUGAAUGUGGGGCUGCUUUAGAGUCAGGACUUUUGUAGCUAUAGGCAUCAUACACAUGUCUAUCCCAAAGUUAAAUUACAAAUACAGCCCAUUACAAAGGAGUUCACCCUCCACUGUGAUCAGGUAAACAAUGACAUUAGAUACAGCUGUCCACAAAAAGACCCUUCCCCAAAUCUGGCAACGAGGCAUGGAGAGUUAUUCUACAACUGCAUACAAACUUUCUUUCACAUGUUGUUACAUGAAAACUCUUACAUGGAAAAAUGGCAACAUGAAAAACAAGAGGUGGGAAGAGAGAAUUCUAUUCUCAGUAAAACUGGGGUAACACCAAUAAAGUGGAGUUGUUCUGGAUUUGUGCUGCUUUAAGUACUUAUGCUACUUUUUAUAAAAUUUAUUUUAAUAUAUGCGAUGCAAAAUAUAGUUCAGAGUUGAUCAGUUCUUUUUAAUAUCAAAUUUUAGUUUUGAAAUGAUUACAUACUUUAAGUAAAUGUAAUUUUAAAUCCCACAAUUUUCUGAUUCUUCUGAAUUUUUUAAUUGCUCUUUUAAAGUAUUUUCUUCACAGAAUAUAUAAUAUUCUGCUUUGCUGUUAAAUGAACAGCAUUUAUACAUUGAUAAAAGGAAUCUCUGCUUUUGAGAUUAAAAAGCAAAGGCAGUCAAAUAAUCAAAAGGCACAAUAUGGAUGGAUGCAGGAAAGUAGAAUUGUCUACAAAAAGAAAAUUGAAAUUAUAAUGACAGAUUAAUUAGAAUCAAGCUUCCGUAGGUGCCCAGGAAAAGCAACACCUGUAAUUUAAUAUUGAGCAAGCAGCACAUCUUACUUACAGCUUCUAUAGAGAAGAGAUUGUGAGCAAGUUUGUUUGCCUGCUGUCAAGGAAAGACACCAUGCAGUAUCAACACAUGUACCAGGAGACACCCAGGAAAGAUUCUGUAAGCCAAGAGUGGAAUAACAGCACAUGGGGAGUUUUUGAACUUGCAAAAUCAAGCUGAUGCCAGACCCACAGCUCUUCCACUCAGAGCUGAGUUACAGCAGCUGAACACUGGCAUGCAGAGAAUGGAGAAGCAAGAGCUUGUCCUCAUCUGUGCAGAACUUUUUAUUUAAUGUGGCCAUCACACCCAGCCUAGCUCCAUGUGGCUUGUCUAUGCCUUCCUUCCCAUUUUAAUAAGAACUUGGGAAACCAGUGUCCUGCUCUCCUCUUGAUGUAGAACCACACAGAUUCAUGUUUUGAGCUGCUGUUUCUUAAUUAGUAUUGGGGAAGGUACAAGCAAAUCUUACAGCCAUAUGACACAGGACAAACAGUCCAUUACCUGAUGGAAACCCGGUAUUUCAAGGCAGAGUGCCCUAGGGAUGAAAGCCCAAUUUUUCAGAGCGGGUGUGCUCUUUUCUGAAAUAUAAAUCAUGUGCACUACAUGGAAAUACACUAUAGUGUAUUGUGAAAUGAAUACAUUAAUUGCUGAAUCUAUAACACUGAGUAUGUAUAUACAUCACACCUGAGAUAUUUAUACAAUAUAAUAAGUCUUAGAUGUAUAACAUAAUGAAUUCUGUACAAAAUAAACUGUAAGUUAAGACAAUGAAAGAGGACUUUUAUAUCUGUGUAAUGUGUAUGCUGAUUAAGUUCUUCAAGCCUCAGUUUUCAUCUUUAAAUGUGCCCUUUAAAAAAAAAAAAGUUUCUUAUAGGAAGAUGUCUGAAAUACAGACUGCACCUUUCAGCAAAGAAGCACCUGAAAGACUGAAGGAAAACGAUUCUGCUGGAGAAAUAAACAUCAUGCUCAUGUGAUUCUUUCCUAAACUGACUAAACCAUUUUGCAUUUAUAGUG